AUGACCGCAUCGUCCGAACCCCUCGCUCAACUGUCAAACCUGCCCAAUGCUGACGGUUCUGCUACCUUCUCAAACUGUGGGUAUGCUGUCACAGCCGCCGUCAAUGGCCCCAUUGAGGCGCCUCGCCGUGACGAAAACCCUUUUGAGGCGUUGAUAGAUGUGGUUGUGAGACCAGCCGCAGGAGUUGGAGGUACUGCUGAGAGGCAGAUCGAGUCGAUGCUGCAAGCCGCGCUUCGACAGCUCAUCCCGAUUCGAAACUUUCCGAGAUGCACGAUCCAGGUCACGCUUCAGAUCAUGGAGGCGCCUGAAAAUGCAUAUCAAAACACAAAGCUACUCCAGCCUCAACAGAAUCUCGCCAUAAUCCCCGCCCUAUUCCAUGCCGCUAUCCUUGGGCUGUUGACUGCCGCCAUCCCUCUCAAGACGAUUGCAACAGCAACAACGCUUGCUAUACCGGCCGGCUCUGGCGCCCUCAUUAUUGACCCGAGCACUGAAGAGUCGGCCAAGGCCACGUCUCUCCACGCGUUAGCAUUUACAUCCCACGACGAGCUGUUACUUGCCGAAAGCUCUGGGUCAUUCUCGAUUGAGGAUUGGGACAGGGUUCUGGAAACUGGUCAGCGUGUGUGCUGCCGCGAUCACGAAUCAGGGCUCGACGCAGCCAUGCCGGGAGAUGGACUGGAGUCGCAAAGCAUCAAGGCAUUCAUCCGAUCAGUCAUGGAAACCAAGACCGGGACAGAUCUCAACUGGAAGCGAAGUCUGGACCAAUGA